CCAAAGCCCUAGACUCUCUGGAUCCUCCUCCUACGGAAGCCGAAGCGCAGUCAGAAUCCGGAAGAAAAACAAUCCGGAGGGAGCAGUGCUGCCGAGACCAGAGACUAAGGGCUGCUCCGGCUCGCACUAGCCACAGCGGGGAGACAGCAACCUGCCGGGUCACCGCGAGAGAAUAAUGUCGGCUCUGAAUCUAAGGAGGCCGAGCGCGCCGAAAUGCUUUUCACUCAGCAUACAUGUCGUGACGUGGAAUGUGGCCUCUGCAGCCCCCACUGUGGACCUCAGUGACCUACUUCAACUGAACAACCAAGACCUAAAUCUGGACAUCUAUAUCAUUGGUCUGCAGGAAAUGAACUAUGGAAUCAUAAGCCUUCUUUCUGAUGCUGCCUUCGAAGACCCAUGGAGCAGUUUCUUCAUGGAUGUGCUUUCCCCGCUGCACUUUGUCAGGAUCUCUCAAGUCCGUAUGCAGGGGCUUCUCUUACUGGUCUUUGCCAAGUAUCAGCACUUGCCCUACAUCCAGAUCAUCUCUACGAAAUCUACCCCUACUGGCCUCUACGGGUACUGGGGGAACAAAGGGGGAGUCAACAUCUGCCUGAAGCUUUAUGGCUACUACAUCAGUAUCGUCAAUUGCCACCUGCCCCCCCAUAUGUACAACAAUGACCAGCGCCUGGAGCAUUUUGAUCGAAUCUUGGAGAGUCUGACAUUUGAGGGAUGUGAUGUCCCCAACAUCCUGGACCAUGACCUCAUUCUGUGGUUUGGAGACAUGAACUUUCGAAUUGAGGACUUUGGGUUGCUCUUUGUUCAGGAGAGUAUAACCAGGAAGUGCUACAGAGAGCUGUGGGAGAAAGACCAGCUCUUCAUUGCCAAGAAACAUGACCAGCUGCUCCGGGAGUUCCAAGAGGGCCCACUGCUCUUCCCCCCCACCUACAAGUUUGACAGGCACUCCAGCAACUAUGACACCAGUGAGAAAAAACGCAAGCCUGCGUGGACUGACCGCAUCCUGUGGAGGUUGAAGCGGCAGCCAUCCCCGGCCAGCCCCUCGGCCUCCAGUCUCCAAGCCUCCUGCUUCUUGUUGACGCUGAAGAACUACAUCAGCCACAUGGCAUACAGCAUCAGUGACCACAAGCCUGUCACUGGCACCUUCAACUUGGAGCUGAACCCACUGAUGUCUGUCCCGCUCAUCACCAUGAUGCCUGAAUACCUGUGGACCAUGGAGGACGACAUGCUGGUCAGCUACACCUCCGCCCCAGCGUUCCUCAGCAGCCCCUGGGACUGGAUCGGACUGUACAAGGUGGGAAUGCGCCACAUUAAUGACUAUGUAACCUACGUCUGGGUCGGUGACAACCAAGUCUCCUGUGGUAACAACCCAAACCAGGUGUAUAUCAACAUCAGUGCUCUCCCUAACACUGAGGAUCAGUUUCUUCUCUGUUACCAUAGCAACAACCUACACUCUGUAGUGGGGAUAACUCAACCCUUCAAGAUCCCGUUUCGCUCCUUUUUGACAGAGGACACACUUUGUGAGCCUGAGCCACAGAUCUGAGCGCAGAUGGGAGUGAGUGAAUCCAGGGCGGAGGCUAGAGCUGGAAGCUCUGCCUCAGCACUGCCAGCCGCUGGCUCUGGCCCAGCCCCUGAAGAGGUUCUGAGUAUACUCCAGCUCCCCGCCUCCCAGGGGCCCUCAGCCAGACUCCUCUGCUCUCUCCAGGCCCGGUGAACUGGCCCUUUAAUACAGGUUUUUGUUACAGAUAUGACUGAAACAGAGUAGUGUGUCAAUGGUGAAGACUCGAGACAGUCCUGCAUAUAGAUUUGCUUGCUUCCACUAGCUUGCAUGCCAUUUCUUUUCUCUCCCUUUCAUCCACACAUAAACACUCCCUCUCACAUCCAAGCAGUCGUGCCAGGCACAUGCCCUAUCUGGCACAGGCCUGCAUUCCUAUCACACCAUCCUGGGUCUUGGGCUGCCUGGGGGUGGGGGGAGUGUAAGUUGGGUGGCACGAACAGCACUGGGUUCCAAAUGUCUUGGCAUCUCAUGGUUUGUCCCCAUGGGGAUGAGCAGAGGUUCUGAGAUCCCUGCUUUCAGCUAAAGCACUAUGAUGGAAGUAGUGAUGCCCAACUCUACUCUGGAGAGUGGGAUCUGACCAGGAAGCCCCAGGGCCUCAGGUUAGCUUCUGCGGGUGAAUGCGACCGCAUGGCCCCACCUGCCCUUUACGGAGCUGGCAAGUGGUGAAGGAGUCAUGGCCACUGUCCUCUAGGGUGGUCUUCAGAUCAAGCUCAUCUUUAUUGGCAAAGUGCUGCCCUCCUUCUGGGCCCUGCUGGACCCUAGAAAUGGGAAGCAGCAGAGGAGCUAGGUUCAAAGCACUCUGAAAGACUUAGCGGCAAGCAGCAGCCUCGGCCUUCUCCAGGUGCCAUGUCGAUCGAGCUUGCCCCAUUCCUGCCAGCUGCCUUCUACCAACGGUGACUCAGUGCCUCUUCUCCCAGGAGAAGACACCGCAGGGAGCCUUGCCCUGAUUUUCCCACAUCCAUCCAGUGACCUAAGAGUCACUCCAGUUGCUCCAGGUUCUGUAUUCUCUCCUGGGAGUCACCGGGUGUUACGAAUGCCCCCAGGCCUCUAGUGAGCGUGGCUGUCUGUUCUCUGUGUGUUGUUAUAUUGGAAGAUAAUUAUAAAUAUUGCUUUUACACUCA